GCUGCUGCUGCUGCGGUCUAACUCGGCUAAAAACAUUAUUAGGCUCCUUGAAGCUGUUAGCAUGUCCCACACCGUCAUCACCAGCAGCACCACCGGCUGCUCCUCCGGGGAAAGCCUCCUCAACCUGGGAUACAGCCGGACCAUCCCGGGGCUGCUGAAGAUCGGCCAGCUGCUCUCUCUGCUCAUCGCCUUCGUGUGCGUCUGCCUGGCCGGCGGCUGGCCCUACUGGCACGCCCUCCAGUUCUUUGAGGUGGUGUUGCUGUGGUUCCUGGUGGCCUUCCUCAUCUUCUUCCUCAUGCACCUGUUCCGGCUGCAGACCAGGAUGCCGUGCAUCAACUGGCCGCUGACGGAGUUCUUCCAUUACUCUGUGGGAUCCGUCCUGCUCUUCAUCGCCUCCACCGCCGCCGCUGUGGGAUGCGGAGGAGUUUCUUCGCUGGUGGUGGCGUCGGUGUUUGGGUUCAUAGCGACGUUCCUGAUGGUCGUUAAUCUCUGGACGUCUUACAGCGUCGCCUGCGGCCCUCCUGGUGCUUCCAUGUAAAAGAACGACGCGUCAUGAAGAAAGCAGCUGCAUUCUGGUCAGUUUUCUGCCCGGCAACCACCUGGAUAAAGAACCUGAUUGGAUUAAAAAAGCUGCAGCGCUAAAAGGAAACUCUGCUCCGGGUCCAAACGGGUCAGACUGUCACAGUAAAAUCCGCUGAGCUGUAGGUGCUCUGUGUCACAAAACGCAUGACUUUUUUUUUUUUUUUCUUCCAUCCUCUGGCAUCUAAAAUCUGCAGAACCUUCUGCAGAACCUCAGCCGCAGAUCUGUCUCAUUUCCUCUGGUUGGUUGCUUGUUUUUCUGGAUUCUGAUCCGAACCGUCCUGCGGGUCGGGCUUUAAGCUCAGAGAAGCAGAUUUGGACGCUGGCUCUCAGAACGAUUGGCAGAAACUGUUUAACCCGUCCACCAUAUUUGGAGGGGAAACGUCAGGCAGGAGCAGGUUCAGGGGAACAGGAACCGGCGGUGGGUUCAGGAUCUUUCCAUCUGGACCAGCAGACAGGAGCACAGAGCGAUCCAGGAGAAACCGGAUCAGGAACAUUACUGAACCGUCUCCUUUGUUCUCUGUAGCAUGUUGGACAGAACCUUCAGGUCCAGCUUCUCCAGAACCAUCCAGAGCUGAGUGGGCGUGUCCCUCUGUGUUCCGAUUGGACCGAAACCUGUGUUUCCUCCAGCAGGGGGAGCCACCCUGGCUGGAAGGAGACAGCCUGACCUACGAAUGGAUGGAAAAACCGUUUAGAUCCACCUGGUUCUGAGAACGACACCAGAACAGAAAGACGUGCUGAGGUCUGGAGGUCCAAACGGUUUCAGCAGGAACCGGAUUUAUGGUCCAUAAAAUCACAACAGACGGUUCCUGAUGAAGCUCCUCCUCCUGUUUGAUUUCAGAACGGUUUACCCUCCCAAUAUGGCCGCCACCGUGCAGCUGCUGUUGGUCUGAACAUCGCCAGACCUGCUCAUCUCUUCUGGAAAAUCUCAACAUAUUAUUCCCUUUAUUUGCUAUUAUUUUACAUUUCAUCUGCGAUCUAAAGUAGCCGAAAGUAGAAAACAAUCAUUGUAAGUCUGGAAAGAAAGACAGACUGAGCUCUGCUAUUUAACAAGUUUAUUUUUAUUCUUUUUAUUCAGAUCUGAGGACAGAGGAGGACAAAAAAACUUUCAUAGAGAUUUUAGAAAAACUAAACAGUUAUUUUAUGUGUAGAAAACAAACGGUUGCUGUUGAGAUGAAUUUAAAAGUAGUGUAGCUUAAUAUGGCUAACUGAGCGAGCUAAAAGAGGCUAACCUGUUAGCUACAGCUAGCCACAGCGCUAACAGUUACUUUGUUCACCAGAAGCAGAUUUUUUUCAGUUUUUUUCAUAUCGAUCCGGUAAAACUUCAUCAUUAGACACGCUAACGCUACAGAAGCUCCCGACUCGGCACAAUGACGCUUUCUGAUGUUAUUAUCGUUGUCUAGGCAACCACAAUGUUUUACAUCAUGUGGCAACGUUCAGCCAAUCAUGUAGCGUCGCUGGCAGGAAGCAGAUCUGGGAGCUACACCGUUAAACUUGUUCCUGCAAACUGGGCAGAAAGUUAGCAGGAAAUUAUUAAUAUGUUUUAUUAUUAAAACGUUUAAUUAUCAGGUUGAUCUUCUUUCAGACGAAUAGGAUUUAUUCUUUUAAGCUAAUAGAAAUGAUUUAAAAUUCACUGUAAUGUGAUAAAGAACCAAAGACGGCAGAAUUAAAAUAAAAAAACAAGUUAAUGGGGGAAAGAAAUUAAA